UGAAGACAUCGGAGCGCUGAGCGAUAGGGUGAAAGCGAAGGAACCUGAAAGCAGUGAAAGAGACGUCAAUGCGGUAGAAGCCGGGAACGAACCAGGAAAAGAUGGUAAGUUAGUGACUCUAAAACAAGUAAAAGAAUGCCAUUAUGGGAGGAAGAGGGAUGACCAACGAGAAGACGAACCACGAAGUACCGUGUACGAAACUGCGCCAGCCUCAAAGGAACAUUACGAUGAGAUGCGGAAAUCACGAGGAAACCUGGUUGUAACUGAGAUUUAUCUUGAGAGAGGCCAACGCAGUAAGAGGACAGAAUCAAUAGAGAGAGGCAUGAUGUCAGAAACGUCUGGAAGUAGGGAAUCGAAUCGAAUCGAUGGAGGACCUACCAUAGGAAUACCGGACAAGGGCGAGAAUAAGUUGGACAGUCGCGAUAAAAUCGUAUCCAUCAAUACAAUUGAACCUAUUAAAAAGAAAAAAGGGUUAGGAGUCGAUAAUGGAGUGCGAAAAAAUCAAGAUAAUAUGAUCCAACCUACCUCGAGGGAGCCAGACGGGUACCGCAACGAUGGGACCAUACUCGCAAAACGUGACAUCCAUCCAUCAGAGAGGAACGGAGUAGUGAUGGUACUAACCGGUGACAUCACGAUUGCAAGUUGUGAUAACCCAGGAGGACGUAGCAAAAAGAAAAAUGGAGAAUUAAACACAGACGGACUUAUCAUGAAGAGACCUAAAGCGAAUAAGGUAGAGUUGAGGUAUCGUGAUGAAGAAUGGAUUACGAUUUAUGAGCGGGAUGCCCACCCCCCUGAGAGUAAAACGGAGCAUGAAACGGAAGGAGGGAUGAUGUUCGUAAGUACGUGGGAACCGUGGGACCCUGAGGACAGCAGAAAUGAUGAUGUUACAAAAGAGGAAUCUACAAAUGAUGACAAAUUAGCAGAUCAAGAUCAUUGA